AUACCACAUACCAGUGCACAUCAAUGCCACAUAUCAGUGCUCCCAUCAGUGCCAGUCAGUGCCACCUAUCAAUGCCAAUCAGUGCCACCUAUCAGUGCUGCCAAUCAGUGCUACCUAUCAGUGCCAGUCAGUGCCGCCUAUCAGUGCCAGUCAGUGCUGCCUAUCAGUGCCAGUUAGUGCCACCUAACAGUGCCAGUCAGUGCUGCCUAACAGUGCCAGUCAGUGACGCCUAACAGUGCCAGUCAGUGCCACCUAUCAGUGCCACCUAUCAGCGCCAUAUAUCAGUGUCAUGUAUCAGUGCUGCCUUACAGUGCCCAUCAGUGAUGCCU